AUGGCUUGGAUGCUUGAUGAAUGGGAACCUCGACUCCGACAGCGGAAGCGCAAGUCUCGACGGCCGGUCAGCCACAAGUGGCUGAAAGAGCCGGUGCCAGACCCAGAUCUAGUUGUAGAGACGGAGAAGGCGCGGAAUCUUGUUGCAGAUGCAAGCCUGGAGGAGUGCUUGGAGGAGCUCGUAAGCACGCGGCAAGAUGGACACUUCACAGGACCCACGAAGAAACUCGACAAGCAAUGGAGCUCGCUCCUAAGCAGAGCACGUAGGCAGGUUCUGAGCUCGGUCGAGAAGGAGUUCGGUCCAUCCGGCAAGCUGCAGCCCCUACACCCCAGCGCUGAAGUGAAGGACGAGUUCUUCACAGCUCGCAGGAUCUUCGAAUCUACGACGACCUACACAUACCAUGGAACCAAAGCUGCGAACAUCGACUCCAUCUCUCGCGUCGGUCUGCUAAUGCCUGGAAAGAACGGACAUAAAGUCGCAAACGGAUCGGCGCAUGGCGUGGGGAUCUACACAGCCCGGUUGGGCAAGGCAACUUUGUCCCAGGGCUUCUGCGACUCUAACAAGAUGUUCGUUUGUGCUGUCUGCGACACCAGUCAACCCCUCGCAGAGGAGGAGACGGCAUCCAAGCAGAGGCUGGACACCUCAUGGAAGCCUUCAGCCACUGUCGUGCAGACAAAAUUCCCAAAGACUGCGACAGCCGUCAACCUCCAUCCAUCAGCUCGGCGACUGGGAAGACACAACGUCCAGCGCGAGUCCGACCAAGUCAUCCACGUGGGUGAUGCCGUGGUGACUUUUGAACAAGGGUGCGUUGUUCCUCUGUUCCUGCUCUCGUGGUCACCAGAGUCCGAAGCCGAGCCUGAGCCGUCCGCACAGACGCCCACGCCCUUUGUGCCAGACGAAAGGCUGGUGCUCAAACACCACUGCUGGGAUGUUCGCGAGCAGCCUUGGGCAUUGCCACAGCAAGUGGGUCGGAGACGCCUUGCCGUGCCAGAGACGGAUGAUGAUCGGCUGAUCAAGUUCGGAAACGUCUUGGAUCCCCAGAACCCGCGACAAGGUCGAACAGUCUGGAUGGUAUCACAUCCUUUCGAAGGACGGACCAGAAGCGAAAUCCGGAUGAAGCGGAGAAUGAUGCAGCGCCGGUCCGACAUCCGCCGAAGACGAGAACGGCAAUGGCACGAUUAUCAUCGACUAAGCAAGUUCGACCCAACAACGGGCAGCGUCAGCGUCCAAGGCUAUGGCUCCAGGUUUAACGAUUUAACGGUCUAUGAGGCCUGA